CGUCAGAGAGGUGUUUAUAAUUGGUAUUAUAAAUUUAAUUAAAAUAAUAAAUUUAUACUACCAAGUAACUAGUAGGUAUUUAACUUAAGCUAUCUAAAACAUCAAGUUAUUCAGAAGAAAGCUCAUUUAGAAUUACCUAAUUGAGUUCAAUGUAUCCUUAAGUUUGAGUGGCAUGUUUAAGAGGAGGGAUACAAGGUCACAAUCUGAAUUGGGACAAGUUUUACUUCUGCCGAGCGGCAAGCGAGCCUGUGUGUGGAUCUCUAACUUGAUUAUCUUACAGUGUAUUUUUGUGUUUAUCGGCGCGGCUACAAUAAGUUUUUGCGUAUGGACCCCAGAAAGCUACAAGCAUGACUACGACAAGUUAGCCCGGAUCAUGUAUCUAUACGACCCGCAUGCCUGCGGGUACAACCUGCGGUCGUUCACGUCGAUGAAGACGUUGCAGCUCCACAAUGAUACGAAGGGACUGGCGUUAUAUCCCAUACAGUGGCGGCCGCCUGUUAUGACGGUAUCCACGAGGUUGGCUGCUAAAACUAGAAAAUACAUAAACCUGAGUGUCAUGGUGCACAUCUUGUGGCUGGUGAUCGCUGUAGUUCUCAGACUCUUCAGAUCAUCCACAAAGCUGAAAGUACUGAAAUUCGUGCUAGCAACUGCGUUAUACUUCAGCAUCUUUGUUGUAUUAUUCGACCUUUCUAUGGCUAUAGUUUAUAUCGCCCAUAUCCAGCAGAGCUUGACUAAAGGCAUGAUUCUUAGACACAGCGGAUGGGGGAUGGAAAUAAAGUUGAAAGGGUACCUCGAUUUCGGCGGCUGGUUGCCCAUGGUUGCCUCAGCGUGCUGGAUGAGAGGCAUCAUCAUCCUCGGCCUCAACAUCUACUGCUGCAGAGUUCUCCAGGUCAUCAUACGAAGGCUCAAGAAGAGGGAAGUCAAGCAGAAGGUUUCUAUGAGAGAGAAUCUACCCAUCCCUGAACCGGGAUAUGGACAGCCAGGGGAGCGGGAUGAAGGGGUACUAUAUUUUAGGUCUGGGGAAUAUGUGCCAGCUGUUAGGAAAGCUCAUAGACCUUCGAACUUCCUUUUCUUUUAGAUGUAAGAGUUUUUGAAAUAAAAUAAUCUAAGCUUAUAUAACAUGGUGUCGGAUUUUC